AUGAGUGUCUGUUUAGUGGUUACCAAGAGUGUGGCGACAGCCACAUUGGGGAUCUACACCGGGAUGGUGGUAACGCGGCAGUUGGUCCUUUCGCCGCAGGAGUGGAUCGGAGUACGUAAAAGCGCGCAGAAGAAUGCUUUCGGCGGUUCAGAACUGUACUCCCUGGCCAGCGGCGCCCUGGCCUCGGUAUCCACGCUCUUCUUCGGAGUUUCGUACUUCGGAGCCCCUGUACACUGGCGGCAUCCAUACUUGCUCUACUGCGCGCUAGGCAUCCCACUAACGUGGGCUUUAGCAACGGUCGGCAACUGCGAGCGCACGCACCUGCUGGCCAAGCUGCUAGGCUGUGGCGCAGGCGCAGGACACACCUCGGCAGCCGAGGAGGAGGACACCACCAGCGCGGGCGAGGAGCAUGAUGACAUUAUAUCCGAGGACAGCAUUGUGGAUCUCAGCAGGCACACCAGCAGCGAGGACCAUUCCGCGGCAAAGGACGCGACGGCUUGUGCCGCGGCUGCCCCUGGCUGCGCGUUUGCCAGGUACACCAGCGCGCUCGUGGCAGUACUGGUCUUUGCAGCAAACGUGGUGGGCUGCCUGGGCGAGGCCCUGUGA